GCCGAAAGCCCGUGUGUUAGCCGUCGCUGAACAUUCUAGGAGGAGUUGCUUUCGCUCAGGAUACUUUAUUGGUCGAGCCAAGGGCUUUUUUUGGUCGUGUUCUGAGCACCAGAAUGCCUAGAAUGGGACGGCGGACGACGUCAAAGACGAUCUUUUUACUAACACUUUCGGUAUGGAAAUGUUAGAUCCUUACCGAUUUCGAACGAUUCGAUAUUCGCUACUUCUCUGGGACGACAUGAUCUUGAUGUACUCGAUCCGAGACUUUACUGAUCAUCGCGAUAGACUCCCCGCAGUAUCUGGCUUAGCAGACAUAAUCUCUCAGUCCACAGGCGAAGAAUACAUUCUUGGAUUGUGGACUGGUCGACUACCAGCGCAAUUGAUCUGGGCGGUGAAUGGACCCUGGAAGCCAUUUAGACAGGGAGAGACGAGCCCGCUGCGGUCAUGGUCGUGGGCCAGCAUAGCAGCCGCCCGUAAGAUAGACAUGCCCAAGCAGGUGUCCUCACGGGCUCGACUUCUCAAGCACACUACACAAAGCCCUAAAGCCACCCUUCAUCUAUCUGGAAGACUCCAUCCAUUGACAGAAGGAUUGCAGCGUUUGGAAGUGUGGCAUUUCGAGAGCGAGCCGGGCGUUUUCGGGUUGAAAGUAUCCAAGCUGGAGAAUGAUCCAGAGCCCCGUUGGGCGGUCCACGCACAGAGACGAUGCGUGCUCGUCUGCCUUUCUUAGAAGCGACCAAUUUAAACCUGUCUGGACCAAGAGCUGC